AUGUCGCAGUUAGCUGAUAGGGUUCGACACCUUGAACGCUUAAGACUAGAAAAAUUCAGGCAUACCAAGGCAAAAGCUAAAAAGGAAAAGGUAGCCUACGUUGAUUAUGAUGAUACAUACCCUAUAUACGAAGCUGACUACAUCUCACCAACAGAGGCAGAGAUUUAUCUGGCCGAAAUGAAACCAGGGCCAGCAUACGAAUGUAAAUCAUUGUUUCCGUCGAAAGGAAAAAAUGUCUCUGUUGAUAACAAUUCGAAAUUCCCUGCUAAAACUUACACUUUUGAUAUUAGUAAAUGCGAGGAAAUUUUCGAUGUAUUAGUUAAAGAUGGUCAGAUUUUAGUACCCCCAAAUGCCAAACUACCACCAUUAGAACAACGACAAAAAAAAGGUUUUUGCAAGUAUCAUAAUUAUCUUGGGCAUUCAACCUCUCGAUGUUUUCUUUUCAGGGAUCUGGUCCAGAAGUCACUUCACGAAGGUCGACUGAAAUUUGCUACCAGAAGGGUGAAAAUUGACGCUGACCCACUCAAACAGGAAGAGGCUUUGUUUGCUGACGUUGUCGAUAUCAACAUGGUUGAACUGACUGAGAUACCUGAUGACAUGCUUGAAGAAAGCACCGGCGAAACUCCCUAA